AUGCUGUUUUGUAGAACGCAAAGACUUCCCCCAGACUCCACUUACUCAUGGCAUAUCCGCACGGGCUACGUCGGUGAGGGCAAGAAGGCCUUCCUGCGGCUGAAGCGCGAGGUGCUGGACAUGAUCUUGCUGCGCCGCACCAAGAGCAACAGGUCCAACGACAUCUGCCUGCCUCCGCGCAUCGUCAGGGUUAGGCAGCACCGCCUUGACGAGCGGGAAGAGGACUUCUACCAAGCCCUCUACACGCAGUCGCAGGCCCAGUUCGACACCUAUGUGGGCUCGGGGACAAUCCUCAACAACUACGCGCACAUCUUCGACAUCCUCAUUCGCUUGCGGCAGGCCGUCGACCACCCCUACCUCGUCAUUUACAGCGCCACGAAGCGAGAGGGCAUGACGCCGGCGAUGAACUCCGCGGCCGGUCAAAACCCGACCCCGGCCCCCGCUCCCCCGGCAGAAACGACCCCGCGGGGGUCUCAAUCUCGCACCUCUCGCUCGUCGACCGCGCAAGCCAACGGGGCCGCUACGCCCAACGGCGGCCGGUCAAGCCGCUCUUCGUCUUCAAGGACGGCAACCGCCGGCACGCGGGCUGAUAACCUCGGCGACACUUCGUCGGAUUCGGAGUCAUCGGACGCUGAGGGCGGCGGCAAGGCUGCUGGCGCGCAGAACGGUGCCGGCGCUGGAGGCCGGGCGGGGGCGCAAGAGUACGACAGCGACGAGGAGGAGGAGUCGGACCUGUGUGGGAUCUGCCGCGAGCCGGCGGAGAGGCUCGUGUCGUCGUCGUGCGGGCACUCGUUCUGCCGCACGUGCGUUCAAGAGCUGAUCGACGCGGCACCGGGCGACGUCGAAUGCCCCACCUGCUCCCAACCCCUUACCGUGGACCUCUCGGGAGGGAGCCCAGGGGCUGAGGGAGACGACGACGACCAAGAGGCCGCCCAACGCAGCAGCGGCGGUGGCCGCGGGCGAGGUCGUGGCCGGGGAGGAGCCGCUGCACGAGGCAGGAGCAGGAGCGGCGGCGGCGGCGGCGGCGGCGGGGGGGCGGCUAAGUCUAGGGUGGCGGGGGCGAUGGCGGCUCUGGAAGCGAGCAUGAAGAAGAAGAAGACCCAGACGAUGAAGCCCGCCGCGUCCGGAGGGGGCGGGGUGAAGCGCAGCGUGACGAAGCACAGCGUUAUCAACCGCAUCGACCUCAACAAGUUCCAGUCGUCUACGAAGAUGGAGGCCCUGAUGGAGGAGGUCCACCUCAUGAUGGAGCGGGACCCUGCCGCCAAGGCCAUCGUCUUCUCCCAGUUCGUGAACAUGCUGGAUCUCAUCGAGUUUCGCAUGCACAAGGGGCAGGUCGGAUGCCGCAAGCUGUCGGGGCAUCUAUCCGUCGACAAGCGUGAAGAGGUUCUUCAAGCGUUUCAAACCGACCCCGGAGUAAAGGUGCUCCUCAUCAGCCUCAAGGCCGGAGGUGUGGCGCUUAACCUGACGGUCGCCAACCACAUCUUCCUCAUGGAUCCGUGGUGGAACCCUGCAGCUGAAAUGCAAGCAAUCGACCGCACCCACCGGCUUGGGCAGUUCAAGCCCAUCUACGCCACUCGCUUCAUCAUCGAGGACACUGUCGAGGAGCGCAUCAUCAAGCUACAGGAAAAGAAACAACUAGUGUUCGACAGCACUGUCGGGGGAGAUGCCGCGUCGACGGGAAAGCUCACGGUCGACGAUCUACGGUUCCUUUUUGCGCACUGA